UUUAGGGCUUAUCGGUUUGGCUAGCAGAGCAUCGCGAAGCUAUAAGGGUUUUAGAGAGAGAUGUGGAGAUCGGUUGUAUCGAGAUCGCGAAAUGCGUCGAGGAGUCUCAUCGGAAAUCGGACCUCAAAGGCUCCUUCAUCUGUUGCCGUUGCUGAACCUCGUCCUCAUUCAACCCCCGGAUCCUCAUUUCUAGUUGCUUUUGCUCGGAAUCCCAGAUUCUUCUCUGCUAGCCAUGCGGAAGAGAAUCCUAUUUCAACCGGGCCCGAGAUUACUUCGUUCGAUUCAGAUGUUACUACUGGAAGCGACGUUCUCGGGGAAUCGGAUAUUUCCGAUGCGGGAUUUGCCGAAAGUGGUGAUCUUGGUUCUGCUUCCCAACCCAUUGUCGGUGUUGGUGAAGAUGGUGGUGCUGUCGAUGGCUUCUCUGAAAAUAUAAACGAGGAUGGGGCUGGGCUGGUUGAUGAUGAAACAGAGCAGGUGUAUGAGGUUGAUGCCGAUAAGUUAGAGUCUGUGUUGUCUUUGUUACGGAGUGAUGAAGAGGCUUUAGAAUUCUGCCUUAAGUCGCUUGAUGUUGAUUUGCACGUAGAUUUUGUGGUCAGGGUUUUGGAGUCGCCAGGAAUUUCAGGUCGGAACUCGAUUAGGUUCUUGAAGUGGGCAAUGGGGAAACAAGGGUUUACUGUUAACACUCCUGUUGUGGAAGCUCUUGUUAUGGCAAUUUCCAUAGAAACUCGAAGGAUGGAUGCAUAUAGUUUGUGGGAUUUGAUUAAGGAGAUCGGCGAAAAGGAGAGCAGUGUUUUGAAUUUGGAGAUUAUGAACGAGGUGAUAGCUGUUUUCGGGAAGCUUGGCAAACCAAAAGCUGCAUUCGAUGUGUUUAGUAAGAUAGAGGAGUUUGGGUUUAUUCCAGAUGCAAAAACUUAUUACUUGACAAUGGAAGCGCUUUGCAAGCGCUCCUUCAUGGAAUGGGCAUGUUCUGUUUGUGAGAAGAUGGUUGCAGCUGAUAUACUACCAGAGGGCAGUAGGGUUGGUAAUAUCAUAACUUGGUUGUGUAAGGAAGGAAAGGCCAGAGAAGCCCAUUCGGUUUACAUGUUGGCCAAGACAAAAGACAAGAACCCACCUCGUAGUUCAGUGGUUACUCUGAUAGAUUUCCUCUGCAGAAACGACGAGACUGUGUCACUAGCUCAACAGAUGUUGGGUGAUCUCUCCGGAGAAGGUAGAAGACAAGGAAUCAAGCCGUUUUCUGAUGUUAUCCGUGGUUUAUGCAGGAUGAAAAAUGUGAAAGACUCUAAAGCCUUGCUUUUGGAUAUGGUCUCCAGGGGGCCACCUCCAGGUAGUGCGGUUUUUAAUUUGAUAAUCAAUUCUUGUUCCAAAGCAGGAGAUCUUAGUGAAGCGAAGGAGAUGAUCAAGUUGAUGGAAAGUAGGGGUUUGAAACCGGACUUGUAUGCGUAUACUGUCAUCAUUAGUGGUUAUGCAAAAGGAGGGCUUAUGGAUGAAGCAUGUGAAGUUCUUGCAGAAGCCAAAAAGAAGCAUAAGAAGCUCAGUCCAGUGACUUAUCACACACUAAUCCGUGGGUAUUGCAAGAUGGAGGAAUAUGGCAAGGCUCUGCAACUUUUGAGUGAGAUGGAUCGUUUUGGUGUGAAGCCGAAUGCUGAUGAGUACAGCAAGCUGAUACAAUCUCUCUGCAUCAAGGCAUUGGACUGGCAAGCAGCGGAGAGGCUGCUCGAGGAGAUGAAGCAGAAGGGUUUGCAUCUGAAUGCGAUUACUCGGGGGCUAAUAAAGGCAGUGAAGGAGCUGGAAUCAGAAGCCAUGGAGGAAUUGCCAGCUGAAGUCGAAGCCUAGGGUUUUGACUAGCAUGGAGAUUGUUAAAGGUUAUAUCCUGCCCCUUUUUUUUCUAUGGCGUUCUUUCUCUUGAUCCAUUAAGUUAGCAUUCUGGAAAUAACCAUGGUUUCUUGGGAAGGAAGGUAUCUUGUUGUUGUUCUUCUCAUCAAGAAUUAAGAUUUUGAUGUUGGAGCCUCUGGUUAUGGAGGAGACACAGAACUAUCUGGAAGAUGUUAGGCCGAAUUCUAUUCUCGAUGUUUUGCUUCAUCCAUGGAAAUCCAACUCUGUAGUUUGUCUUUGCUGUCUCUGAAGUUUAACAGAAAUAAUUUGUGGAGAAAGAGUUUUAAAUUUCA